AUUUUAUAGAAGAUCAGUCCUUUGACGAAAUACGAUGGAUAUGUUAUGAAGCUAAAAAAAAAACUGUUUCGAUCAGUUCGUUAAACAAUUCGCCAAAGAAGCCAUUGAAGCUAAUAAUAAAAUGAAAACAAUGGCGCAGAUAUCACCCCAUGUAGUAGAUAUUAUAUGCCGAUUGUAUGAUGCAACUUCAGAAGCCGCCACAAAUGUGGGUUUGACUAAAAGUAAUAAAACUAAUCCAUUUGGCCUUGAAAUUAGCGUUGCCAGUGACACAGCAUUGAUAUUUAAAAAAACCUGGCGCUACAUCCAGCAGUAAUAAAAAUUUUGGUGAUGCUUUUAACGAUCAUGGUCAUACUACCAAUGCCGGAUGCGUAUUUGGCGGAAUGGCACCUUCGACUCCUGGAGGAAUCCUUGGUGGAGCUUCCAAAUGCUAGUUCCAUAUUCGGAGGAGGCGCCCCACAAAAUCUAUUUGGUCAAACGCUGACAAGUACUGAUGUUACUGUUGGACGUUUUGGGCGCGCGCAGCAAGGGACCGGAGGUUUGUGUUCUUCCCAAGCUCAACAGAACGCAGGUGGUAGUUUAUUUAACCUAAGUAUUCAGAAGCAGCAAAUAACAAAUGGGGGAAACGUUUUUACCCAAUCCACGCGAUCUCAACAAAUGCAAACUCCGCCGAAUUUUGGCAUGUACCAGAGCAACAAACAGGAGGCGCAAUCAGUUUUUGUACAGCAAAAUGUUUUUUCACAACAAACCCCUGGUUGCAUAUUUGGUCAAGUGGCACAAACUACGUCUUCUGCCAACUUAAUUUGUCUGGUAAUUUUCCCCGGAAUAUGGUGAG